AUGUUGUGUAAUUUUUACCAUGAGCCAGUUGCUGGUGGGGCCAGUGAGCAACUGUGGAAGGAGAAUCAAGACCUAGCUCUUAUGAGUCUUCAUAACCCUUUCGUUCAAGGCCUUGGUGAUGGUACUCUCGACCCGGAAGCUUUCAAGACAUACUUGGCUCAGGAUACGCUCUAUUUAAACGGCUACAUCCGAGCUCUGUCUUACUGUAUUUCAAAGAGCGAUGUAACUGCCACUGGUGGGGAGUUGUUGACUUUACUCACUGGAGUUGAAGAAGAGCUUAAGUCGUGUCAUAAGCAUUACAUCGAGAACCCUGAUGCUAGUGGUCCCGAAGCUGCUUGUCGAAAGUAUGUUGAUUUCCUCCUUGCUGUUGGUAGGGCUGACCUUGGACCAUCGGUGGUGAUAGCGGCGGUGAUACCAUGUGCUAGGUUGUAUGCCUGGCUUGGUAGGGAGCUCACUGCUGAUCGGGAGGUCCCUGAGACCCACCCUUUCCGCAGGUGGUUGUUAAGUCAUGCUGAUGAGCCUAUCAAUACCUCAACUAGAGUUUUGGAAUCCCUCCUAGACAAGCACAUACGUCCAGGAGAGUUCAAGGAAGUUGCCCAGGCUUAUAGGCGUGCUAUGGAGCUCGAGUACGACUUCUUUGACUCAUUCGGAGACUGUUUGGGUCGUACUACUGAGGUGAAUAUGAAGAUUCCUACGGUGUUGGUGGUUAGUGGUAGCGAUUCUGGUGGAGGAGCUGGGCAUCAGGCUGAUCUGAAGACCUUGGAAGCCCUUGGAGUUUAUUCUACUUCUGCUCUCACAUCGUUAACGGCUCAAAACACUAAAGGUGUCCAGCAAAUACAGGUUGUUAAUGAGGAUCUUUUUGUUGCCCAAAUUGAUUCCGUCAUCACCGACUUCAACUUAUCCGUUGUGAAGCUCGGUUUAGUGCCUACUGCUAGGCAGCUGGAAAUAAUUGCCCAGAAGCUCGAAGCCUUACCGAUGGUCGUGGACCCUGUCCUUGUGGCCACUAGUGGAGAUGAUUUGGUCGCCCAGAAAAACGCUGAUGAUGUUCUGGCCAUGUAUAAGGAGCGGAUUUUCCCACACGCCACAAUAAUCACUCCAAAUCUGCCAGAAGCUCAGCACAUUCUUGGUAGGAAGGAGAUCACUGGUGUGUAUGAGGCACGAGCUGCCGCACAGGCCCUAGCUCAGUAUGGGUCUAUGUAUGUUCUGGUUAAAGGUGGUCAUGACCAGUCUGAUCCUGAGGCUUGCAGGGAUGUUCUCUAUGACCGUGAAAAAGAUAAGUUUUACGAGUUCACGAGUAAGAGGAUUGCCACUAUCAAUACGCAUGGCACUGGCUGUACUCUGGCGAGUGCUAUUUCCGGCUUUAUAGCCCGCGGUUACUCAGUGCCUGAUGCCGUUGAGAGGGCUAUUGGGUAUGUCCAUGAGGCAAUCGUUCGUUCGUGUGGAGUCCCUCUGGGUCAGGGUACGAACCGGCCAUUGGUUCAUUCUAUCAACAGUGUUUGGGCUAACUACUCCUAA